AUGUACCUACAAAUCGACCUCCACUCGCUUGAUCCUACGAACCAAGAACUGCGAUCCAGUUGCCAGGAAGAAUACGCAAAAUGGCCGGGGAAAGCCAUGGUAUGGAGGCAGAAAAUUGAAGAGGCAUUCGAAGCCUUGACGAGACUGUUGCAAUGCCCGAAGGACAAGCGUCGGCCGGGCUUCCUGUAUACGGUUGUGGGACUCGAUUAUGGCACCAAAGACCUCGAGAAAUUCUCCAAGAAAAUACAA